AUGGACAUUGACGAUAUCCUCCGCGAGGUCGACCCCCAAACGCACCAGAUUCCCCGCCAGACACGCGACCUGCAAGCCUUGACACGUCGAUGGAUCGCAGAGAGGUCUGCGCCGGAGCUCCUAGCCUGGCCGUCGGACGGGCUGCUCGAGCGCGUAAAUGACCAGAUCAAGGCGCAAAUCGAAAGGAUCGAGAACAUGACGGGCGACAUGGAUCCAAAGACCAACUUCUCCCUCAUCGUAAUCCAGACCGAACUAGAGCGAUACAGAUUUCUCGUUCGGAGCUAUCUGCGCGCUCGAAUCGCAAAGAUUGACAAGCAUACCCUCCAUUACCUCUCGACGGAAGAGAUGCGAAGCCGACUGUCAUCCACGGAACUCGCCUACGCGACGCGCCACCAGGCCCUCCUCCACAACCACUACCUCUCCUCCUUCCUCGCCGCCUUCCCCGAGAAGCUGCAGAACCUCAACGACACGGCCGGCAACGUCAGCAUGAUCGACUCACCAGACCUGGACACGGCCGUCUUCAUCCGCAUGCUCCGCGACAAGGACGUCCACGGCCGCGGCACCGACGCCGACGUCACGCUGUCGGCGUCAAACGGCGACAUUUUGAUCCUGCGGUGGUCCAACGCCCGGCAGCUGGUGCUCGACAUGGACGCGGAAUUGGUAUAG